AGCGCGGAGGAGGAGCGCGGGGAGGAGGGUAAGGGGAGGGAGGAGGCGCCCGUCGGGCUCCCUGCAAAGCGGCCUUAUUUAUCUGGGCACAGCCUCAGCCUCCCCGGUGGGAGGCUCAGGGCGGCAGAUCCUCUCCCACCGGGGAGCUCCGCUCCGGACCCUGCCAAGAGGGCCCUGGCGCGGGGCACAGGGCGCCGGGCGCGGGGCGCAGUCGGGCCCUGCUAGCCAGUCCAGCACCUCGGCCGCCUCCGCGCUGGGCGGCUCGGGUGCUGGGCUCCCCAUGACGCGAGGUCGCCCGGCGGACAGCGUGGCAUGAGCCAGAAGCCCUGGCCGAGAGGUGGGACACUGGCACAGCUUGCCUGUGCGGUGGAAGAAGCAAUCGAGGAGAUAGUGCUGCAAAAUAAAGAACGUGCAAGGAAAAUGUCGAGCCCCGGUAUCGAUGGUGACCCCAAGCCUCCAUGCUUGCCUCGAAAUGGUCUGGUGAAGCUGCCUGGCCAGCCCAAUGGCCUGGGUGCAGCCAGCAUCACCAAGGGCACACCUGCUGCCAAGAACCGCCCUUGCCAGCCACCACCCCCACCCACCCUUCCACCUCCCAGCCUGGCUACGCCACUGUCCCGGGUUGCUCUGGCAGGGGGGCCAUGCCCCCCAGCCAGUGGACCAGUGUCAGGCCCAGUGCCUGGACCCCCAGUGGAGCGGCCACCGCUGGCCACAGAUGAGAAGAUCCUUAAUGGGCUCUUCUGGUAUUUCUCAGCAUGUGAGAAAUGCAUACUAGCCCAGGUGUGCAAGGCUUGGCGGCGUGUGCUGUAUCAGCCCAAGUUCUGGGCAGGCCUCACGCCUGUGCUGCAUGCCAAGGAGCUGUACAACGUGCUGCCUGGAGGCGAGAAGGAGUUUGUGAACCUGCAGGGCUUUGCUGCUAGAGGCUUUGAGGGAUUCUGCCUAGUUGGUGUCUCUGACUUAGACAUCUGCGAGUUCAUCGACAACUAUGCGCUUUCUAAGAAGGGAGUCAAGGCCAUGAGUCUCAAGCGCUCCACCAUCACUGACGCUGGCCUAGAGGUGAUGUUGGAGCAGAUGCAGGGAGUGGUGCGCCUGGAGCUGUCAGGCUGUAACGAUUUCACUGAAGCUGGCCUGUGGUCCAGCCUCAGCGCACGGAUCACCUCGCUGAGCGUCAGCGACUGCAUCAACGUGGCGGACGAUGCCAUUGCUGCCAUCUCACAACUCCUACCCAACCUGGCAGAGCUAAGCCUUCAGGCCUACCACGUGACUGACACGGCACUGGCCUACUUCACAGCUCGCCAGGGCCACAGCACCCACACUCUGCGCCUGCUUUCCUGCUGGGAGAUAACCAACCAUGGGGUGGUCAACGUGGUGCACAGCCUGCCCAACCUCACGUCACUCAGCCUCUCAGGCUGCUCUAAGGUCACUGACGAUGGCGUGGAGCUUGUAGCUGAGAACCUGCGCAAGUUGCGCAGCCUCGACCUUUCCUGGUGCCCUCGGAUCACCGACAUGGCACUGGAGUACGUGGCCUGCGACUUGCACCGUCUGGAGGAGCUCGUGCUGGACAGGUGUGUACGCAUCACGGACACUGGCCUCAGCUAUCUGUCCACCAUGUCGUCCCUCCGCAGCCUCUACCUGCGAUGGUGCUGCCAGGUACCUCCGUGGCCCCGGGGAUCUGGAACUAAAGAGAGCGGUGCAGGACUUCGGGUUGAAGCACCUCUUAGCCAUGAGGAGUUUGCGACUCUUGUCUCUAGCAGGCUGCCCGCUCCUGACCACCACAGGGCUAUCGGGCCUCGUGCAGCUGCAAGAGCUGGAGGAGUUGGAGCUGACCAACUGCCCUGGAGCCACACCCGAGCUCUUCAAGUACUUCUCGCAGCACCUGCCGCGCUGCCUCGUCAUUGAAUAGCGCAGGCUUUUCAACCCGGCCGCGGGAACCGGCCACGCCCUGGGCAGUAGCCCCUCUUCCAUCCCUGCGGGAGCAACACUUCUCCGCCCUGCGCUGGAGGCGGGGCAAGCUGAGGGAAACCCCGCCCCGUGCAUCCCUUGCACCUCUGCUCCACUGCUCCAUCCCCCGCCUGGGGCAAGAGGCAGAGGGGUCAGCCCCACGCACGCACGCACACUCGGGGACUUUGUGCAUGCCCCUCGUGCCCGCACUGCACGCCCGCCCUCCACCAUGCCACAGCCGCCGCCAUCACUCGCCCGCCUUCUGGGGGUCUAGGUCCUUUGGGGGAUGCUUUGAGUACAGACGCCCUCACUGCCUUCCCCACUUCAUUCUGCUCUCUGCCUCCCCCUGCUGUCCCCCCAUCCCGGGCAGGGCCCGAGGGGAUGGAGGGAUUAGUCCCUCUGGACUCAGGGGCCUGGAAAAGCCCCAAGGGCCUCCAACAUCUUCCACUGCACCACGCCUGGCGCCCUCCAAGGGGUAUGAGGUGUCACAGGCCACUGCCAAAGCCAUGGCCCCCUGAGGAGCCCAAUUUCCCCAUGCCUACCUGACCCUAUGGCUUCUCUUCUUCCUUGUUGCCAUAUGGGUCACUUCUUGUCCUCUGUGCACCGCCCCCCACCCCACCCCAAUCCUCUUCUUUCCCCUUGGUCUACAGAUCUUUGGGCCCUGGCCAGGAUGGGACAGAUUUAGGAAGAUACGAUACAGACCUUGUAAUAAUCAACAUUAGCUUAAAGCGGUGCCCAUCCCCCCAGAAUAGGCACCUGACAGACCCGAAUCUGGAGCCACCCACAGGGCUGUCAGGCCUUGGGAGCAGCCCAUCCAUUCUAGCCCGUCCCCUAGCUGAGCUCAGGCCUCUCAGCACUGUGCUUCACCCUGGAUAGGUCUCCUCAGGUGGACUCUGCAGAGGGCCUGGCCAAAGGUCAGGGUCAGCUCUGACCAGCGGUUCUGAUCUUCCAGUGUCCAGCACACCCUUUAUACCCUAAGGAAGGAGGGCGCCUUUCUGGUCCUCCUUUACCUCUCCCAGCCUCCAAAACCAUUGCCUGCCCAAAUGGGCUGUGACCAUGUUUUGUCAGACCCCAAGACAUUUGGAAGUCCUGGGGGACACUGGCAUAUACGUGGCAGUGCUGAGGACAGAAUUGGGAGCCCCUUCUCUCCCAACCGUGAAAGCCCAGGAGACACAGCACCCCACAACCAAUCUUGGGACACCCCUAUCUGGUUGGAAGAGAGUAACUAAUUCCCAGAGAGCCAGAGGGAGAGAGAGAGAGAGAGAGAGAGGAAGAGAGAGAGAGAGAGAGAGAGAGAUGCUGUUGACAAAAAGUUAAGAGUUCAACAGCCCAAAGAGUUCCUUGCCCCUGAAGUGUUGGCCGGGGAGGCUCCAGGCUGAAGUGGUCAGGAGCCAGAUUUUUCAGCCCCUCUUCCCACAAUCCCCCAACAGGGAGGGGGAAGCUGUCCAUUUGCCCAAAGUAUUAAUGCAACUGAAGCUGUGAUAUUUGCAAUGACUAUAGGAGGAAAAUUUAAGGGGAGAGAGGGACACAAACAAAACCAACCAACCCCUAAAAUCAUUUUCUUAUUGUACAUAACGACCUCAUUCUCCUGUAUAUGCGGAAGAUAUAACCUUAUAUUUGGUAAGUGUUUCUUGUGCUAUUUUAUCACGUGACCUGUUUAUAAAAAUAUAUAUUAAAAAGUUGUACAA